GAUCACCACAGCAGUAAUAAGCAUUUGUGCGACAUGCCGUUAACUCUAUUCUUCAUCUCUUUAUCUGUGCUCCUGUACAGACUGUUUGGUCUGAAGGACAUCAUCAUCCCAGGGAACUGCUCCUUUCCCUACGACCUGAACCUCAACGCUGACCAUGACUGGCCCGUUUACGUCAACCCAGGAAUACUGCUCUUCCUCUAUGUUACCGUAGCAACCGUUCUCAAGACAGGAUAUCAUGGGGCAUCUAACCAGGUGAAGGAGGAGCAGCAACAGGAGAAAUCAGAAGAGGAGGAGAUGGUGGAGUUGAGGUCCUGGAAUCAACCCAAAGAUAACUAUGAAGAUGACACACGGCUCAUGCUCCUGUCGACGGGCUCAGAGAGCAGCAGAGGAGGAACCCUGGCUGAGGAGAGUCCUGCCGAUCUGGGUAUCAAUGCUUUCAUCUGAACCAUCAAGGUUUUUGUUUAGAAUGUACUGUUUGUAAGGAUGAUAA